AUGACACGUCCCAUUCCUCAGGAGGUUCAAGGAUCUUUCAACGCUCUUUUCAACCAAGGUUGUUCCCUCCGUGCCAUUCAAAAAAUCUUCCCAGAUUUGUCCGUCAGUGUACUUUCUCGCUAUAGGAAGAAGUUUCUUGGUCAUUCAAAACAUGCCAAACCCGGAAGACGCAGCAAAAUCACUACGCAGAAUAUAAACUACAUUGAGAGGAAUUUCCGCAAUGGUAAUUUAGACGGCCCCAAGGGUGUGCAGUGCUACCUUGCUCAUAUACCAAUUUCGUGUCUGCGGAGAACCGGAAAAAAGCGUCUUGUGUGGGCCAAGAGACAUCGACAUUUGACUGCGGACGAUUGGCGUAAAUGGGGAUUUUUCGAUGAAACCAGGGUCAACAUGUGGGGAUCUGACGGCGAAUCUUUCUACUGGACUGACAGGCCCACUGAGUUGAUGUCUCAUCAAACUGAGGCUCAAGUUCAGGGAGAUGGUGGUGGCGUUGUUUUCUGGGGCAUGAUAACAGCGGAGGGACCCAGCUAUGGCUCCACCAUUACCGAAGGAACUGUUAACUCAGAAGUUUAUGCUGAAAUUCUGGACUCAUCUUUGCUAGACACUAUCGAGUACUAUGGGCUGGACAAGAAAACGUUUAGAUUCCAGCAAGAUAACGCAAGACCACAUACUUCUGGUCCCAUUAAAAAAUAG